AUGAGUUCCACGUCCCCACGAGGAAGCCCGCACGAAUCUACCCCAAGUGCGGCGGUGGACCUUUCCUCCUCUACUGAAUCGUCCUCCGAUUCUGAGCCAUCCGGACAGACCAAUUUGUCGGAAUACAAGAUCGUGGUCAUCGGCACACCAUCUGCUGGGAAGAACUGCCUGGUCCAUCGAUUUGUGAAGGAUCGUUGCAUCUGUGAUGAUGAUGACACAGAGCAGCAUGCAGUUGGUGUGACGUUCAUGCGAAAGAUGGUGCCGGUACCUCCAGGAGUUCAUAUAAUGCUCAAGGUUUGCGUGAUUAAUUUCGAGGACAACCUGUUGAGCAUGAUACCACAUGUCCUGCAUGAAGCUAGCGGAGCUGUUAUCGUUUAUGAUCAGAACUGUUGCGAGAUGGAAAGCAACUAUACAUCAGUACACAAAAUGCUCGAUCUCAUCCACACCAAUGAGCCCAACAUACCGGUAGCUUUUGCCGGUAAUAAAUCUGAUCUAUGUGACCACACUCCCGAUGACGGGCCAGCUCUCUUCACAUCCUUUGCUACCUCGGGGAUUUCCCUAACCUCGAUGAACCCAAUCCUAGGAUUCUAUCCCACUUCAGCGCAGACCGGUGACGGAGUUUGGGACGUCUUUCUCGCCGUAGCAGAGACAGCUUACCGCAAGUGCCCGGAUGGGAUGAAGUCUAGGAAGCAACGUAGGAGUUCGUCGAAGUCGCAUAGAGCAUCAAGGCAUCGUAAAAGGAAGAGCCCAUCGUUCAGCAAGGCGUUACGAUCUUUAUCGAAACAUUGGCAUUAAUAGUACAUUCAGCGGUGCUGGAUGCGAAACUUGCAAAUCAUAACUGUAUCUUCCUUUUUUC